AUUUAUCUGUUUAAUACGGAUCAUUAUUACAUUAUUCGCGUCGCCUUACUAAUCGCCUCCGACUGGACUGCUCCAGCCUCUCCCACCUGUCACCCGUUCGCCUCCCGCUCCCUUGCCUUCUCGAGGAGCCCGUGCUCCCGUCGUUCGCUCGUGGGGUUGUUCAUCGAUCGCGACUCGACGCCUUAGAUCUUACGGUCCGCGAGGCAUGAGUGCCAGUUCGAACCAGUCCACCCGUACGAGUCCAGGCUCUUAUAGUACUGCUCAGCGCACGCCCUCGGUCUCUUCGGGCGCGUCGCCUACAAACCAGUCGCUCUCGUCGUCCCAGACGUCCUCGACGGCUCAGAAUGCGAUGUCGACCGACGUGUACAAUACGCCCGCAUCGCAGGCUCCAACUUCACUAGGCCCGACGUUCGCCUAUCCUUUCUCCCCUAUCGGCCCGUCUCCGACCUUUGAUAACGUUUCAUCGACCACCAUGCGUUUGGGCGACUCCGAUCGGUCGGCGCAGGGCCUGAAUGGCUUCAUCCGACCGGUCAAUGGAGUCAGUGGCGGGGCGAUCCUGAUGCGCAAACUCCCACGCAAUACAAGUCGCGACGCUCUGCGCAGCAUGUUGCUCUUUGCCAAAGACCUGGUGGAUGCCGACUUCAUUCCUUCCGAUGCUCCGGAGGAUAGUGGAUACCUGUGCGCGGUCGCGCACUUCGGCACGCUAGCCGCAGCGGAAGAGGCGCGGGCGUUACUUGAUGGCAAGCCCAAUUCUAAGAACGAUGCCACCAUGAUCGUCGACAUGUUCUACGGCUCGGUUGGAUCCUCUUUGGCGCCUCCCAGGCGAAACACGAUCGACCAUACCGCGACGCGAGGCCUGCUAGGACAUGUGAAUGGAGGUUUGCCACGGCAGUCGUCGCGCUUCAACGGGACCUUCCAAACCCUGGAGAAGUUGAACGCAAGCACAGGCCCUUCGACCGGCGAUACUCUACCUCAGUCUUCCGAACCUGGCGCCCGGCUCCACAGCCUCUUCUCCCCGCAGUCGCCGAUUGGAAACAGUGUCCCCGAACUCCCGCGCGUCAGCGGCAAAUCGAUGAUCGACCAAGAUAUUGAUGAAGACACGGGCGAGUUGCUCAAGGAUCCCGUGGGCUACGCCGAGAACGGACAUUCGGCUUCUGUCUCCAUUCCCCGUCGCUCUACCAACCCUCAGAUUCUGAGCAACCAGUUUGCCAACAUGUCCUUGGCCACGAACUUGGCUUCCCCGCCGUUGCAGAAUUAUACCCCUGGGGGGUCAGCACACAUGGGAGCCCCGACCCCACCGUCCGCAUUUCCACAGGCGAUGAACAACAAUACCAACAACAUCGGAGCGGGCCAUGGGUUCCCAUACGGAAACCCGCAUGUGCCUCGCCACAGUCUCCCGGCUGCCAACCCGAAUGACAUGAACCCCCCGUGCAAUACGCUGUACGUGGGUAAUCUUCCCCCGGACACCUCGGAAGAGGAGCUGAAGGCUUUGUUCUCCAAACAACGUGGAUAUAAGCGUCUGUGCUUCCGGAACAAGCAGAACGGCCCUAUGUGCUUCGUGGAAUUUGAUGAUGUUGGCACCGCAGGCAAGACGCUGAACGAGCUGUAUGGCAUCAAACUGUCCAACAGUAUUAAGACGGGCAUCCGCCUGAGCUUCUCCAAGAACCCUCUGGGGGUCCGUUCCGGCCAACCCGGGUCUAUGAGCGCGUCGAAUUCCAUGGCCUCUCAAGGUGGCGGCGUACCUGGCGGCAGCAGUCUCGGCGGGAUCCACAACCAUAUGUUUUCGGCCGUCAGCGGACCGCCCCCGGGAUUGUCGGCACCCCCAGGCCUGCCUCCCCCCUUGACCAUCCGAAACAACGGACCCAUGCAUCCAUCAUCGGGAAGUCCAAACGCGCCCAUACCCAACAGUGCCACCACCUUCAAUGCAAACUCCGGACUCGGGAUUCGGACGAACCCGAUGAACCCCAUGAUGUCCCCGCCGCCUCCGCUGACCGGUGGAGCUUCCGGGCCCAAUAUGGGAGGCUACAAUUCCUACUACCCCGAUUACAUGAUGGGUCGGUAGGAGGACGCAACGUUUCCGUGGAGAUAAUGUCCGACAUGCUUGAUGAUUACUGGGCUACCUGGCGCAUUAGGGAUUGUUAAUUGUUUUCAUGAGCUAGAUCAGCAUUUGGAGGCUCGCCUUCCUCCUGGGAGUAAGGACUACGGGACUCUCUGGCUUCUUCGGCUUCCUUUUCAUGAUUGUAUUCCAUUCGUUUUCUCUGCACUCCGAUAGCAUGGGAUCAGGGGCGCUGAUAUUAUACACGUCGUG